AUGAUGUUUCGAGGUGUUCCUGCUGUAGCACGAACUUCAACAACAGCAACAACUACAAGAACAAGACUUCAUCGAGUCAUUGCAAACAGGACCAAUUUCCGUUCGUUUUCCAAUUCCAUUCCUGCAGCGGCCGAUGAAGAAUCCAGUAACUUUCUGAGUACUGGAUCCGGAGGGCAUCUCCGAUUGGGUCACUCCGUAGAACCCAUCCCAUAUUCAAGCGACAUUGAGAUCUCUCCUGUCAACUAUGGUGCCAAUUUGGGCCACAAGAAGGUUUCCGUUGUAGGUUGUGGUCAGGUGGGAAUGGCUAUUGCGUACUCUGUGCUGAAUCAACAGUCGGCGGGAACCAUUGCUCUUGUGGAUAUGAAUCGAGAAAAGUUGGAGGGCGAAGCCAAAGAUUUGGAACAAGGAUCUGCCUUUCAUCAGCAAGUUCGAAUUUUGGCCUCUGACGAAUAUUCCGUCUCGGCAAAUUCCCACAUGGUUGUCAUUACGGCCGGAGCGGCCCAAAGACCUGGUGAAUCGCGGUUGGAUCUGGUCGAACGCAAUGUGGCUAUUAUGCAAAACAUCAUUCCCAAAGUUUUGACAUUUUCUCCUAAUGCUAGUAUUUGCAUUGUGGCCAACCCUUGCGACUUGAUGACUGCGGUUGCCGCCAAGAUUGCUGGACCAUCCGUUCCGGCUGGUCGUAUUUUUGGAUCGGGUACCUGUUUGGAUUCUUCUCGUCUACGGUCCUUGAUUUCUAAAAAGUUGGACUUGGACACUUCCGCAGUUGGUGGCUAUGUCAUUGGAGAGCACGGAGAUACCUCGGUGCCAGUGUGGAGUUCGGUCACUGUUGGAGGAGUGCCACUCUUAGGCCACGGGCAGGAUCCUAGUAAAAUGCACGACGACAUGCACAAGGAAGUUGUCGAUUCGGCAUACGAUGUCAUCAACAAGAAGGGAUACACGAAUUGGGCUGUUGGGUUGACGGGUGCUCACAUUGCCAAGACGUGUCUCAAUGAUACUCGUCGCAUCAUGCCCGUCAGUACCUGCGUCAGAGGUUUAAAGGGAAUCAAGGAAGAUGUCUUUAUUUCCAUGCCAGCUGCCAUUGGAUCCACAGGAGUGCAGCGAGUGAUUGAUUUGCCAUUGACAGACAAGGAGACUGAAAAAUUCCUACAUUCAGCGGAUACGAUUUGGGACAUCCAAGAGCGUGUUUGGGAUAACCUCUAA